AUGUCAAGCAAAUUCGAGAUGAGUGAUCUUGGGAAACUAACGUAUUACCUCGGCAUUGAGGUAAACCAGCAUCAAGAAGGAAUCACUCUAAAACAAGAAAGAUAUGCGAACAAGAUUCUUGAAGAAGCAGGAAUGGAUGAGUGUAAUGCUGUUCACAUACCGAUGGAUUCAGGCAUAAAGAUGUCUAAAGCACAAGGAGAGAAACAGAUCGAUGAGAAGACAUACAGAAGAAACAUUGGAUGUCUUCGAUACUUGCUACACACUCGACCUGAUUUUUCCUAUUGUGUUGGUGUGUUAAGCAGUCGUAUGGAGAAGACAAGUCUGAUUGGAUACAGUGACAGUGGACAUAACGUCGAUGCGGAUGAUGGAAGAAAGUUUGAGGCGAACCAGCUGCAGAGGCUUCGAUUCCGACAUCGGGCGGAGAGUGACUGGGACGGUUGCCGGUUGGAUGUGCGGCGCAGAAGAUGGGAGAGGGCGGAGAGGUUGUCGAAUCUGUGGAUCGUAGGAAUUGAGAAGGAGGCGGAAGAGUUUAGGGUUUGGUGA